AUGGCGCCCGCAUCGCUCUCGAGCGCUCGGACGGCGUUCGCGAGGGGGCAGGCGAGCUCGUUCGCCGACCGAGCCGGAUGGAGCGCGAAGAGCGCGCGAAGAGGGAUGUCGAGACGCGCGAGCGUCACGAAGACGCCGAGAGCGCUCUUCACCGGUCUGGUGCAGGGCAAGGCGCGCGUGCGGUCGUUUGAGAACUUAAACGACGAGUUCGCGCGGCUCACGUUGGAGUUUCCAAAGGGGGCGCUCGAUGGAAUCCUCAUCGGGGCGUCGGUGGCGGUGAAUGGGACGUGUUUGACGGUGGUGGAGCUCGGCGCGGAUGGCGCGAGCGCGAGCUUUGACUUGAUCGUCGAGACGCUCAGGGCGACGAAUCUCGGGAAGUUGAGCGUCGGGAGUGAGGUCAAUUACGAGCGGAGCGCUAGGGUUGGGGAUGAGAUCGGGGGGCACACCGUGAGCGGGCACGUGCACUGCACGGCGGCCAUCGUGGAGGUGGUGGACACCGAGAAUAACAGAAAGGUGGUAUUCGAGACGAGCAAUCGUGGGUUGAUCAAGUACGUUCUGCCGAAGGGUUUUAUCGCCAUUGAUGGGUGUAGCUUGACCGUGGGAGAGGUCGAUAAGACCACGGGGCGAUUCAACGUAUGGUUGAUUCCCGAAACGUUGCGCGUGACGGUGCUCGGGACGAAGCGCGUGGGCGACACGGUGAACAUCGAGAUCGAAUCGCAAACCCAGGUCAUCGUGGACACCAUCGAGCGAUACAUGGCGGAACGAGGAAUUUAG